AGAACGACGAUUAUAAGUUACGGUGGGACAAAUAUAAUAAUAGCCUGUGGAGGAGGGGCACAAAAUGUAACUGGCGGUGAUGGGUAUAGGAACGUUAAGGGGUUAGCAGGACAGUGUACUCGGAAAGGGGUAAAAUAUGCUGCCUUUUUAAGGCUUCCCAUGUUUGUCCUGUUCAUAUGGAUAGAACACAGCUCACACAGGACAGGAAACCAUGGAAUUGUGCAAGGGACCCCCCAGCGGGGACAAGUGAUCGUACACAAGAGCACUAACAGAUUAGUAGCAGAACCGCCAAUGAAUUUCGACGAAGUGUAUGGGACAUUCGAAGAAAACGUUUUGGAAAAAUUAGGGUACGAUGAAGAACAAUGCCAAACGGUAAAGAAUUCUGUAAAGUCCUAUUCCGAUAAGAUAAAAUGGAAUGUGGCAAAUGAGCAGAGUGCAGAGGAAUCUGAGAAAGGAAGUGGGGGAUCAGAUAACGCUUCAGAUAAGAGAAAUAGGGGAAAAGGGAAUUAUAAAUGUGCAGGAAUUUGGGGUUCGCUCAUAGAUUCAGUCGUAAAUUACAAGCUUACAUCCUUCACCAUUCUUAUCCUAGCUCUUGGAUACUUUCAGUCUCGAUACUUACUCGAAGUUAUGAGCAUAGUUAUACUACUGAAUGUAUUUUGGGAGCUCGAAAGCUUAAAUGAAAAAUUGAAAAUUCUAAAUAAAAUGAGGAGCGAAACUCCAAAGGCCAAGAAAAAAUCUGGUUUUAAGAAAUUAGUUUUAGAGAACGCUUCUAAGGAUAGUAGAAAUAUUUUAGUACAAUUUGGACUACCUUGUAGCACUGUACGAAUAUGCAAGAUGGCGGAGGUAACUUUUAGCGAAUGGAAUACGAAUACUUAUCUAGAAUCGGGAAAACGUACGAGGACAAGUUUUAAAAAAGAAAAUAAGAACAUCUCAAAUACAGGGAGAAUCAUCCGUGAUAGAAUACACACUUUUACCCUCCUUAAAGUUCUUAUAUUUUUACUUCUAAUAUGGAUAGUACAAUAUUCCGGCAGGGACACGAUCCAUGAAAUCAGGAAUAAUGGUGGAAUCUCCGAAUUUUUAGGCGGCUACAGAUUAUUAGCAGAGUCCGAAGUAAGCUUCGAUGGAAUAUUCCAUUUAUAUAAGGAAAACUUUUUAAAUAAAAUGGGAUAUACUGAUGAAGAUGCGGAAAGAAUCAGAACAACAGUGAAGUCACAUUUAGAUCAGGCGAAAAGUAUAGACAUAGAUCGAAGACGCAAGGAAAAAUCAGAAGUGUGUGAGGAUAUUAUAAAACAGGGUACGGACAAUAGCGUUUCAAAGUUUUCUAACAAUUUCAGAGUAUUAUCUUCUCCCUAUUUUCUUGCCGUAUGUUCAUUCAUACUAUUUUAUAAUGGAUAUUACAGGUUUUUUUUAGCUCUAAUGGGCAUACUGAUUUUUAAAUUUGUAAAUUUCUUUUGGGAUUUAAAAUAUAUCUGUGCAGGAAUGACGAAGAAUGUGUAA